GGGACAGAGGGGAGGGAGUGACUGAGAAGCGAAGGAGAGGAGCGUGAGAGGAGCUGUCAUACCUGCUGCUCUCACUGCUCAAAUAUUAAACAAGGGAUUUCUGGGAACCGAUGCUGCUGCUCUGGGACAAGCCCAAACCGUGGAGACAGCCCGUCUCAGUGGAGUGUGGACAGGCAGUCUGCUCCUGCCACUACUGCUGCUGCUGCUGCUGCUGCUGCUGCUGAGGGUGGAGGCACUACUGCAUCCAAGAGUCUGAUGGAGGAGGAGGUCACAGAGCCUGAUCCACAGACGGCGGAGCCCUCCGGCAUGCCGCCUCCGCCGCCCGCUGGGACACACUCCGAGGUGAACGGCGACCUGCCGGGGAACCCGUACCUGAGGGACGGGACAGUGGACGUGGUGGAGAGUCCAGUCAGGGAGCCUGUUGUGCUGCAGUAUCCUGCUGAGUGCAAUCACAGCCUCCAGUGUGGGGAGAAGAUGCCGUUCCACCACGUGACGGCAGGUCUGCUCUACAAGGGAAACUACCUGAGCCGCUCGCUGUCAGACAGUGAUAGUGAUGUGUUGGCCAGUAUCUCUGUGGAAGAGCUGGAUGAGAUCCGCGAGGCAUUUAAGGUGCUGGAUCGUGACGGCAACGGGUUCAUUUCCAAGCAGGAGCUGGGGAUGGCCAUGCGCUCUCUGGGUUACAUGCCCAGUGAGGUGGAGCUGGCCAUCAUCAUGCAGAGACUAGACAUGGAUGGUGAUGGACAGGUUGACUUCGAGGAGUUCAUGACGAUCCUGGGACCCAAACUUCUGUCUUCUGAAACGAGGGAAGGCUUCCUGGGCAGCACAAUAGACAGCAUCUUCUGGCAGUUUGACAUGCAGAGGAUCACCCUGGAGGAGCUGAAACACAUCCUGUUCUACGCCUUCCGCGACCACCUGACCAUGAAGGACAUUGAGAACAUCAUCAUUAAUGAGGAGGAGAGUCUGAAGGAAAACUCUGGGAACUGUCAUACAGAGUUUGAGGGAGUUCACCCAUCAAAGCAGAACCGCCAGACGUGUGUGAGGAAGAGCCUCAUCUGCGCCUUCGCCAUGGCAUUCAUCAUCAGCGUCAUGCUCAUCGCAGCCAAUCAGAUGCUGCGGAACGGCAUGGAGUAG